AUCCGGAAUGGAUGAUCAUACGUUUGGCCCCCGGGUUCUCAUGCAAUGUCGUGCGAGGCAAGUGUCUAGACUUUCAUGGAACUUCCAACUAGCUCAAUUCGCAAAGAGAACAGCGUAACUGGGCAACGCCCUAAGCUGCCGUGUAGCUCCCUGAAUGCUAGACCAGCAUUGGAUGGAGGAGGAUGUGUGUGUUGACUGACGGAUUGUCCGGAACUGGGCCUGAACUCAAUAGAAGUCACGACGUUUCCUUGGAAAGAGGGGUUUUAGGCGACAGAAACGAGACAAAACAGCAUGAAUUAAUUCAUCACUGCUCCACCACCACCAUCUCGUCCGUCUGACAGUCGCCGUCUGGCCUGACCGGAGCUGCCGCUAUGACGCAUGGUGAAUCGGGGAGGGGAGGAAGUAGUAACUACUAGUGGAGUGGAUGGAGGAAGGAUUGACUCUGGAACUGGGUGACGGUGUAUCGAUACCGUAUAGUCUGGUCUCUACGACAUCAACCACAUGUAAUGUUGCAUACAAUACAAUUCCUCCGGGUCCAGUCCAUCUCCGGCCUCAUCCCCCCCACCCCCGCACUGCAACCUUCCUGUUUGAUCGGCGGGUCAUCAACGUUCUCCCCCGUCUAUCAUUUCAUUCGAGCGCUAGGAUCAACGGUCUGAGCUCGAGGAACUCCGCGCGAGCCAUGGGCGUUUCCCAUGACCUUUGCACGAUGCAAGCCCUCGCCAAUGUCUUGACUGGUUCCCGUAAACUAGCGAAAGAAACCAACAUGAAGCGGCGCUCGGAGCUUUCCAUACCUACAUGCCCAGUCGACCUCGCUGCGAAUUGUCUGGCCGCACUCUCAACCACCAGCUGGGACGGUAAUGGUGUCUGGAGGCACUGCCACAACUGGCUUUGGCCUAGAUAUGCUCGCCUUUUGGGCGGGCAAGAGAACGUCAAAAGAAGUAACAUCGACUUCAAGACAGUAAGCAGCACGCCUAACAGCAUCAUCUGAUCGGAGCCGCUCCGCUUGCAAUGGGCAGCAUCACUGCACAAAGGGCACGGUGACAUUUCAUGGGUAAGAGAUCAAUUGCAUGCAUAGGAUCGCUACAACAAGC